GUAGUUUAAUAAAUUACAGUUGUCUGAGUUCACAUGUGUUCAGCCAUAAUUUACAAUAUACAGUGAAGUUACAAUAUACAGUGGUGUUAUAAAUAUAUAAAACAUACUAAACCAGAACCAAAUGAAUCAUAUUAUGGCUUAAUACAAUGCAUAAAGAGAUAGUCACAAAGGUGGUAUACUUUUAAGAUUCUAUUUUUGUUAGGGGGAGUUGACUGUCUCAUUCUUAAUGUCCCUUUCAAGUUGAAAACUCUAAGACUCUUGUUGGAUGAUGCAAAGUAAUUUUGGGGUCUCUCAAUUCUCUGAAGAGCCAUGUGCCUCUGUGGAAGUAUGUUGAUGCCACGUGCCAGACUGGGAAAAGGAAAGGGCAUGACUAGCUUUUUGGUCUGUGUUUUUGAGGCAAUUAGUCUAAUGGGGCCAUGCUUACGAAUACAGUCUGUCUCAUUAUCUCUGGCUAGCCUACAGCUCCUUUUGUAGGUUUCUAAGUGGUUGCUUGGUUCUGCAGACAGUUGUAGGUUUUGUUAGUUGAGGAAAAAUGACAAAGCAGGUAGAUGUCUCCCCUUGUCUCUAAGAGACGGUAGACAAAAAGGUUAUUUAGCUUUUUUUCCCUUGGCCCUAUCUUGAGGGACGGUGGAGAAAAAUUUACUUUGGGAGGGGGGAAGAGGACAUAAACAGGAACAACGUUGUUGCACAUAACCUGACCUUAUAAAACGGCAUCUUCAUCCAGCAUUUGAUUAGAGCUUUGCCCUGGAAGGUUAUAUCAGGAGUCCUCUUGUGGCCUUGAAGAAACCAAGACUACGAUGAACCACAAUAUUAAGGUUCAGAGAGCCGCUUCAGUUCUCCUGCUCUUGCUGCUGUGCUCCUUUGCCGGGGCCAAACGAGCCAUGCCAGACUGUUGCCGGCAAAAAAGCUGUUCAUGCCGCAUCUUUGAUCUGCUCCAUGGGAUAGGCAACCAUGCCGCCGGCAUCCUGACCAUUGGCAAGCGUAGCAGUGCCAUGACCACCAAGGGCUUCCAGAACCGCCUCUACCGCCUUUUGCAUGGCUCAGAAAACCAGGCUGCUGGGAUUCUCACAAUGGGCAAGAGAGCGACUGGGCUCCCCUUGCCCCUCAAUAAGAAUGCACCCAGCAUCUCCCAGAUGAUGCCCAUCCCAUAUGCUGCAGAGCCUGACCCAGUCAUGGGCUGCCUGACUCCCCAGAAGACCAAUGCCGUAAAUCCCAUUUACUAAGAAAUUGCAAAUAAGGAAAUCCUUUUCAAGAGUUUGCAUGAGUCCUUCCUGCUUUCUCUCAUCACUGCUGUUGGUUGCUAUUUUACACCAGCCAGGUGCUAGGUGCUGUCCAAAGAUAGCGGUGCAGUUUGUUCAUUUUGUAAAUAGCUCUUUCAUUUAUCUGUCACCACAUUCUCUUCCAAAUAAAGCCUCUUGUGUUUAAUAA